AUGAACAUUGUACCCCCAAGCGACUUCCGCACGAAUGUAAGUGCCUUAUCGGCAUCAAAAUUUACCUCCAAUGCCGUCCCAGGACUUCCUGAUAAGCUACGUGAGGAGGUAGCUGCAAAACCAAUGAACACCCAAAUGAAUGAUAGACACCCACUAGAGUCUAGGUUACGAAACUGGGAUGAAACGGCUCUCAGACGCACCCACGAACAAUAUAAACAGAUUUUUGGUCUAGCAGAACCCGUAAAACGCCUAAUGGAACUAAAUAUCGUUGAACAGACAGACUUUAACCCUAUAGGAGAAUCCUCAAAUAUACACAGAGAUAUCUUACUAAACAAGGAAUGUUCCCUUGACUGGGAAGACGUAUUCCCAGAUUCUGAAGCUUUAGAUUCAUCUCUAGGGUUCAGUUCAGAUGUUCACACUAAAAUAGAAGGUGCUUUAAAUAUAAGAUAG